AUGAGUGUAAGACUCUACUUGGAUCCAGAAGUUCACAGAAGACCAGACGUCUCAGUGCUAUGUGGUCCUGCGUGCAAGAUCAUCAGGAGGAGGUCCUUAAGACCAUCUGCAGGAGACACUAUGGUUCCUCAUAGUGAACAUGAGCGUGCCUUCCUUAGAUGUCUUUCAUCUGUGAUUAUUGUGACAGCAGAAUUCUUGGCAGGAAUUACAGCAAAUGCCUUUCUUUUCGUUAUGAGCUGUAAUGACUGCAUCAUAGUCAGGAAGCCAGCCCCGCUGCAAAUCCUCUUAAUAUGCACAGCGUUAUCUAGACUGGGCUUGCAGAUUGUGUUACUUACACACAGUUUGGUCGCUGUAUUCUUUCCAUGCGACUAUGAAGAAUUUAUUUAUAGGGUCAAAAUGAUGUUCAUUGGGCUCCUUUUCAGCUCCACCAGUUCCUGGUUCACCGCCUGCCUUUCUGUAUUUUAUUGCCUCAAGAUCACGGUCUUCACUCAGUCCUGCUUUCUUUGGCUGAAGGUUAGAGUUGCAAAGCCCAUGCUCUGGCUGCUCCUGGGAGGCGUCCUGGCCUCUCUGAGCUCUGCAGCUAUUUGUAUUGGACUACGAGUCCCUGUUAAGGUGUUCGGAAACGCCUCGGAGGAGCAGACAGAGGUCGAGGUACAGGACACUGACGGAUUUCUUCUUCUUAACUUGACGUUGAUAAUUCCUCUCGCUGUGUUCACCAUCUGCAUUUCGAUGUUGUUCAUCUCCCUCUACAAGCACACCCGUCGGAUGCAAAGAAGCCCUCCUGGUCCUUCCAAUGUGAAGAAAGAAGCCCAUAUCAAUGCAUUAAAAACAGCUGUGUCCUUCUUUUGCUUCUUUCUUUCUUAUCUCGCUGCCUUCACGGUAAAUAUGACCUUCAAAAUUCCUCUCAGAAGCCAUCAGUUCUUUGUGAUGAAGGAAAUCACAGCAGCAUUUCCUGCUGGCCAUUCAAUUAUAAUCAUCUUGAGUAAUUCCUAG